UACAGCUUUGAAUAGCGAAAAUAUUGUCUACCUGGGGCAGUCUAGGCUAUAAUUUCUUUCUUUCAUAUCGGUUUUAUUUAACCCGAAGACACAACAAACAUUAACAAUUUUCAUGCAUAUGAAAGGGAGUGACAGGCAAGGAAAUAGAUUUUGAUAACAGUAAAAUGUGUGGAUUAUCUAGCCUAGUAAAUACGUUAAAGACGGCAAAAUAUGGAUAUAUUUUUUUGAUGAUUCUUACCGCUAUUUGCCUGAUUUUCUACUGUUUCCAAAAUCUGACGCCCGUCAAGAAAUUAUAUAGCGCAAUUGCUGUACCGGACCACAUUAUCAGCCUAAUUGCAGAACCGGAAGUCAGUGUGAACGCACCAAAACUGAAGCAUUCGAACUACACUUCGUAUUUUGUUUAUCGUGCACCGGACAAUCUGGAGUUGAUUAGUUUUACGAAAGGCUGUAUUCGCUGCCCAGUAAAAUGUCCACAUUCGCUUCACGAAUUGUCGUCGUGUAAAGGCGACGCAUGUCUCUGUUUUAAACUCAACCCUGUAAUGAAUUUUCCAAAAUAUUUUGAUAAUAGCGUAGUUGCAAAAGAACCUUUGUUACCAGACGAGCUGCAGACUUUUGAUGAUGAACCCAUAUCCGAUGAAAAACGUAUUCCGAACUCCACAGCAUCUAAAACUAUUGUUAUGUCGUCUGGUAUUGUUGGCGAGGACAUCAAAAUACAAUUACAACUCUACGAUUCCUACGGCGAUAAGGUCCUGCGAGGUGCGGAUGACAUCAGAGUGAGACUGGUCGAUGACGUCAGAAAAUUAUCACAAGCUGGGCGCGUUACAGAUUAUAAGAACGGUACUUAUUUGAUAACCGUGCGUACGUCAUUUCCUGGAAAAAUAAAAGUUUUAGUUUAUAUUCCACAUUUUCGGGAGGAGUGGUCUACAUAUCUCAGAUGGUUGCGACAUUUUAACACCAUAUUCUAUUAUAAAUCAGUUUAUAAAAAAGGCAAUGAAACCCAGUCAACACUGUGUGGACCGCGACCCAAUAUUCCCGGAUAUGACGUUUGUCUGUAAUAUUACUUAUGAAAAUGGCGACGACCUAUGGUUUUGUGGAUCGCCGCCAUCAAAGAAUUUAAGCUGUGCAGAUCUGAUGUCCAUUCAUGAUGACAGCCUGAUUGAUAUUGGUAUCACGCCAGGUGAAAAGUUCUUAGCUAAGAGAAGAGGGUGGAUGAGUGUAUUUAAAGAAAUUACAGUUGAAGUUAAAGGAAAGGCGAUUCCUGACAACAGAAACUUGCUUCCUACGUGUAAUAAAUUACCCAAAUCAAAAACAUGGGAUAUCUCAUCACCGACCGGUUAUGCCUUGAAUGGAGAAUAUCAUCCAUCGUAUUGCAGGAUUACACAAACUCGAGAUGAUAUCAAGAGAUGUUUAAAGGAUACCACGUUGUUUUUUACUGGUGAUUCGACGACCAGACAGUGGUUUACCUAUCUUACAUCUUACUUAAACUGUGCGUUAACAUCGGAAAAAUGGUAUACAAAGAAAUGGCAGAGAUACGCCCAGUGUAAAAAUAAACAAAUGAACAUGACUAUUCAUCUCCAUCCCCAUAACCUGCCCUUUUCCUUGGUUGAACGACGUCCUGAUCAAACAAGAAUGAGGAUUAAUGCUAUCGGCAUGGUGUUAGAUAAGGUUCCAAGUAAGGGAAAAACAAUCUUUGUCAUAUAUCUAUACGGCCAUUUAACAAGGCACCAUUAUUACAUCAGUCGGGAAAAAUUCCGCAAUUUGAUUCCAGGACUACGUCGAGCUUUAGCUAGGAAUAAAGAUCUGUAUGUGGUCAUUAAAAGUCCUCACUGGUUCGUCCAAGACUGGAUCAUUGCUGUAAAUGAUUAUCCUGCUUUAUUUAUUAAACAAAUUAUCAUGGAGGAAUUUAAAGACUUCCGGCAGCAAAUUGUGUAUUUGGACUUUUGGGAUAUGUCGUCAGCUUAUGCGAAUACAAACAUGCACCCGCCAAAUCCCAUGUUGUCAAACAUGAUCCGACUAUUAUUUGGCUAUGCAUGUCCUUAGAUGAGGUUUUAGUUUUGAUACGGUGUUGAUAGUUAUUUUUUUAACAGACUUUUUUGCUUUUUUAACAGCCCUUUUUAAACAGACCUUUUUAAACAGACCUUUUUAACAGAUUUUUUUAAUAGCCCUUUAUAGCAGCUCACAAAAUCUGUAGUAAUAUGGAUGGCAGGGAUUUGUGCUGAAGAACACAUAAUAUGUAAAAUAAUAUCAUGGUUUGAUUAAUUAGUCGCCAUUGCCAAAAUAUUAACUAUGGUAUAAGUUAAUUCUGAAACGCAAAUUAAAUUGUUUAUGAAAUAUUGUGACAAUAACAGAACAUGGGGUCUAAAGACAAGGAAUGUAGAGAUAUGAUGGCUAGAACAAUAGUGUUAUCUUUCAUAUUAUUGAUUCUAACUUCAUAACCACAAAUAUAAAAAGUAUAUGCUGGUUAUUUUGAUACGUUAACUGAGCUAUAGAUUAAUGAACAUGUUGGUCAUUUACAUGUUUCUUUGUUAUAAAACAUAUAUCAUAUUUGUUGACCAAAUUAGGUAACAACCCCUGUCGAUAUCAAGGGUAGGGUGCAUGUCCAUUCCAUAUUUGGAACAUAGCUGUUAUCAGUCUUUUACAUUAACACCUCAGACAAAGGAACACGCACCUAUACAAGUAGGUACGGAAAUAGCAUUCUCUCUUUAUAAAGCUUCCAGUUUAUAGAAAUAAAAUAUUUAAGAAAUGAACCUGAACUGUAGCUGUAACUUCGUCACGGAAGAAAACACAGCGUGAAGAUUGAAGAUCUGAUAGUAUAGUGCAAACCACUAGUCCAUAUACAUUACAUACAAUAUCAUUCCACAGUGAAAAAGAAAUGAAAUGAAAUGGGGUUUAACGUCCCACUGUUCUGCUCC